AAAAGUAGUAGAAGUGGAAAACCAAUGAGUAUUCAAAUUUUGAAUAAAGAGUCAAAGAAGAGAUAGAUGAAAAGAAAUAAUAGCAGAAUUAAUGCAAGAUUGUAGAAAAUAUAAAACAUAAAAUAAACAUCUGCAAUUUAGAAAUUCGUUUCUUAAAUUAUUGAAGGAUGGACAUUCUCAAUUUUGAUGGCGAUUGUAACAAUUUAUGCACUUUUUGGAGAUGAUAUAAGAAUCUUAACAGUAAAUAAAGAUUAAGAUGAUAUAUUCUUUAUUCUCACAAUAAUCAGCAUGUCUUUUUUUACAAUAGAAAUAAUCUUAACAUCAAUAGCAAACCCAAAUUAUAUCUUAAAUGUAAUUAAUUAAGUGUUAAGAUUAGUUUUAUUUUUGUCUUGAUGUAAUUUCGACUGCAACAAUGAUUUUGGAUAUUGGAUGGGUAACAGAUUUAUGGUAUGGUGAUGAAGGAGACAUAGGAAAUGCAGCUACUAUUAAGGCUUUGGGAAGGGCAUCCAGAGUUGCUAGAAAAGCUGCAAGAGUAAUUAGAAUUAUCCGUCUUGUUAGGCUUGUUAAAUUAUAUAAACAUGCUAGAUAAUAAUAUGAAAAAGAACAAUAACGAAAGAUUCUCUCAGAUAUAUUAAAAUAAAAUAGAUUAUUAAGUGAUGAAAAUCAAAAGCUUUAAUAAUAAUAAUAAUUUAAUGAACAAUAAUAAUCAUAAUAAUACAAAAUGAAUUCCUCACCUUAAAAAAUAAAUUAAAUUUAAAGAAAUGCUUCUUUUCCAUCACCUCUUCCAUCUGGUGGGCAAUAAUUUAAAAUUAGUGAUGAUAAAUAAGAGUAGAGUGAAUUAUAAUAGUUAGUUAAAGAAAAUCGUAAACCAUUUUUAGGAUAAACUUAAUAAUAAUAGAAUGCUUAAUAAAACUGUUAAGUUAAUAAUUCUUAGCUGUCAAUUUAAUAGGCAGAGUAAAGUAGUUCUGAAUAAUUAAAAUAGAGUCAACAAUCUUUAUAGAUAACUCAAAAUUUUCAAGAAAGCAAUGUGGGUUCUCGAUUGUCAGAUUUAGUGAUGAGAAGAGUUAUUACAAUAAUUUUAGCAAUUUUAAUUAGUAUACCCGUUUUAACUUUAGAUACUUAUCAAGAAACUUUAAAUUCUUAUGAUUCUGGUAUUUUUAGAAUAGGUUAAUUUAGAAAUCAUCAACAACUUAUUGAGAUCUUAACAAAAUAAUAUGUUGAAUUUCAUCAGGAAGAGUUAUUCCCAAUUUUGGCUGUAUUUAUCAUAAGAAACAAUGUAACAGAUAAAUUACCAAAAUUAAAUGAGACAAAUUUUGAAGUAUUCAAUUAUUCUCGAAAUUCAGAAUGGUUUGAAGCAACAAAUUAGGGUAUAGAUGAAUAUCGUUUUUCUGAUAAGUAAUAUUAUGCUGCAGUAGAUGAAAAUGAUUAAUUGAUAACAUGUUCAGUAGGUGAUUUAGUAGAAUAUAAUUAAACAAAUGCAAUUUUAUCAAUAUUUUAGACAAUAUUUGUAUGUAUAGUAUUGGCAUCAAGUGCAAUAUUAUUUAAUAAGAAUGUAAAUGAAUUGGUGAUAGAGCCAAUAGAGAAAAUGAUGCAGAAGAUAGAAUUAAUAGCUUAGAAUCCAUUGGAGGCAGUGAAUAUAGAGGAAUAAGAUGAUAUAAUAAUGGAGAGAUUAGAAUAGAAUGAAGAUCAUGUGAAAAUAAAAGAAAAGGUUAUAGAGAAAUAAAUGGAGACAUAUAUUUUAUAAAGGUUGAUAAUGAAAGUAGGAGCAUUAUUGGCAGUUGGAUUUGGUGAAGCAGGUUCUGAAAUAAUAGCAGAGAAUAUAAAGAAAGGAGGUAGUGUAGAUCCAAUGUUACCAGGAAAGAAAAUAAUGGCUAUAUUUGGAUUUUGUGAUAUUAGAAAUUUUACAGAUGCAACAGAAGUAUUAUAAGAAGAUGUAAUGGUAUUUGUAAAUGAAAUAGCAGAGAUUGUUCAUUCAACAGUUAAUUAUUAUGGUGGAUCAGCAAAUAAGAAUAUUGGUGAUGCAUUUUUAUUAGUAUGGAAAUAUUUACCAAUGGAAUAUCAUGUGAAUCCAUUAAAUACAUCUAAGUUAAUUGUAAAAACGGACCAUUAAAUAAAAUAAAAAGGAGAUAUGGCAGUAUUGGCAUUUUUAAAAAUAAUUACAUCAAUUUCAAUAUCAAAGAAGUUAGAGAAAUAUAAGAAACAUGUUGGUUUGAAUGAAAGAAUGAAAGAUUAUUCUGUAAAAAUGGGAUUUGGAUUACAUAUGGGAUGGGGUAUAGAAGGAGCAAUAGGUUCAUCUUUUAAAAUAGAUGCUUCUUAUUUAAGUCCUAAUGUUAAUAUGGCAUCUAGAUUAGAAGCUGCUACUAAAUAGUUUGGUUCAAUUAUUUUAAUUAGUGGUGUAUUAAAAUAAUAUCUAACUGAUGAAUGUCAAAAAUAAUUAAGAUUAAUCGAUAUAGUUACUGUUAAAGGAAGUGUUGAACCAGUUGAAAUUCAUACUAUAGAUAUGUCAAUAAAGAAUCUUAUUUAAAAGACAAAAGUAUUAAAAGACAAAUUUGAUACAAGCAAGAUGAAUCAAAAAGAAUAAAAACAGUUUAGAGUACUUAAUAGAUUCAAAAGAGAUGAAUUAUAAAAAAAUGUAAUAAAUGAGAAAGUUAAUGUGGCUGAUCAAUUUCAUACUGAUGAAGAACUUAUAUAUUCAAGAGAACCAUUUACAAAAGUAUUCAUAUUAUUUUAUUUAAUAAUCUGUAUAGGAAUUCUAUUAAACCUGGAAUGAAGGGUUCUAAUAUUAUAUCAAAGGCUAAUGGGAUAAAGCAUAAUCUAUCUUCCAAAAAACCUUGGUAUUAUUUUACAUUUAAUUUUAAAGUGUAUGAUUCCUGAACAUAAGGAUGGUCCUUCUAAUACACUCUUAGAUGUAAUACAUACAAAUAGUGCAAAGGCUCCACAUGAUUGGAAAGGAUAUAGAGAGCUUACAGAAAAAUGA